AUGCCAGCAAGCAAGGCACCUGACAUUGAAAUUCUCGGAAUUGUGAUACCAUCGCAGGAAUCCCUUGUCGAGAUCGAGACCACGGACGAUGUCCCUCCCGGCUUCACCAAGGACCAGGAACUUGCAAAGUUCGAGGCGUUUCUGAAGGGCAAGGCUGCUCGCAGGGUCAACGUGACGCUACGUGGGCGACAGAGGCUGGCGUACCCCAUCAGGAAGUUCACGGAGGGCAUCUAUGCUCUGUACACCUACACGGCCAGCCCGCCCACCUCCCAGGCGGUGCAGCGCCUGCUCUCCACGCCCGUGGCAGGCGGCGAGUUCAACAUCCUGCGGCACAUGACCGUGCGCACCUGA